AUGAUCGCGUGGGGUGACAUCUACAAGGUGGUGGCGGCAAUGGCGCCGCUCUACUUCGCGCUGGGGCUCGGGUACGGGUCGGUGCGGUGGUGGCGGUUCUUCACGGCGGAGCAGUGCGGCGCCAUCAACACGCUGGUGGUGAACUUCUCCAUGCCCUUCUUCACCUUCAACUUCCUCGCGCGCGCCAACCCCUACACCAUGAACUACCGCGUCCUGGCCGCCGACGCCGUGUCCAAGGCGCUGGCCAUCGCCGCCGUGUCCGCCUGGGCGGGCUGCUGCCGUGCCAAGGCCGGCGGGCAGUCCUGGGCCAUCACGGGGUUCUCCCUCGCCGGGUUCAACAACACGCUCGUCGUCGGCGUGCCGCUGCUCUACGCCAUGUACGGCAAGUGGGCGCAGGACCUCAUCGUGCAGAUCGCCGUCGUGCAGUCCCUCGUCUGGUUCCCGCUCCUGCUGCUGGGGUUCGAGCUGCGCAAGGCGUGGGUCGGCAUCCCCGCCCAAGGCGGCGGCGUCAGCCGUUGCAGCAGCAGCAGCGGCAGCGAUGACGACGACUCGGCAGGAGGCCGUGUGGGACCGGUGUCAUCGUCGUCGUCGUCGUCGUCACCGCCACCGUCGCCACCGCCCAAGAAGGACGCCGCCGCCGAGAAGGAUGUCGAGAUGAACGCGGAGGAGGAAGCCGCCGCCGCCGCCGGGACGACGAUCCGGCUGUGGCCGAUGGUGAGGACUGUCGGGCUGAAGCUGGCGGGGAACCCCAACGUGUACGCCAGCGUGCUCGGCGUGGUGUGGGCGUGCAUCGCCUACAGGUGGGAUCUCAGCAUGCCGGGCAUCGUGACGGGAUCGGUGGACGUCAUGUCCAAGACUGGCACGGGGAUGAGCAUGUUCAGCAUGGGGCUGUUCAUGGCGCAGCAGAAGAUGAUCGCGUGCGGCGCGGGACUGGCGUCGCUGGGGAUGGCGCUGCGGUUCGUCGCCGGCCCGCUCGCCACGCUGGUCGGCGCCGCCGCCUUCGGCCUCCGCGGCGACGUCCUACGCUUCGCCAUCAUACAGGCCGCACUACCACAGUCUAUCGCAUCCUUCGUCUUUGCAAAGGAGUACGGACUUCAUGCCGACGUGCUCAGCACGGCGGUUAUAUUCGGGACGCUGGUUUCUCUGCCGGUGCUCAUUGCGUAUUAUGCAGUCCUCGGCAUCUUGUGA